AGUUCGCAAGAGAAGAUAGAAAAAAAAAAUGGCUGGCUAUGGCUAUGGUUAUGCUAAUUUUACGAGUCAGCCUCAGCAAUAUAAUGGAGGAUCUUUUCCGUCGCAAAACGCUGCAACUUACGGUUAUGCUGCUCAACCCAGUCGUGUAGUUCAACAGUCCAAUUAUCAAGCACCAAGUAGUGCUUAUGGUCCUGCAUAUUCCGCUGGUGGACAAGCCACUGUACAAGUUGCUACUACAGGAGGAUAUGGCUACUUUCAAAGAGCAUCUGAACAAAAUCCUACUUAUGCAGAAACUCAAAAAACACCAACGCAACAAGUGUUUGCUUAUGGAACUGCAAAGCCUGCGACUCAAUAUACUGGAAAUACUAUGGCUUAUCAGAAGCCACCAAGCUAUUCUUCUCAAAUUAAUUCAACAUUUGCUGGUUACACAGCACAACCACGUCCAAGUUCUAAUCCACCUACAUAUAACAGCUCAGGUGUCUCCUAUAACAAACCAAAACCUGCUCCCACUGCUCCUGUAAACAAACCUGUAACUCAUCAAAAUGCUUAUGAAAAAGUUGUGUACAAUGCUGCAACUAGUUUUCUUACUCAGCAAGCACAAACAGCACGACCAGCAUGGCAAAAAAAUGAAAAACCAACAUUCAAACUUAACCAAAAAGGUUCCUGGCCAUCAAGAAAUUCUAAUCCUCCAAAACCUCAGCAACUACAUUAUUGUGAAGUAUGUAAGAUAAGUUGCGCUGGUCAAUUGACAUAUAAAGAGCAUCUAGAGGGUCAAAAGCACAAAAAGAAAGCUAACUCUGCUGCAACAAAUGUUGCUACUAUGGCACCUGGAACUUACAAAUGUGACUUGUGUGAAGUGAUAUGCACUGGUCGAGAUGCUUUUGCAGCUCAUAUAAAAGGAACUAAUCACACUAAAACAAUGAAAUUGCACCAAAAGCUUGGUAAACCCAUUCCCGAUGUAAAGGUUCCUGAACCAAAAAAGCCAACAACUACAGUUACUACAGGAGUUUCUACUGGUACAAACUCAUCUGUCAAAAGUUCUGUACCAAAGGUUAGCUUUGUUGGAGGCACCAAGUUAAACUCUACAGGUGGGGAAGAAAAAGUUGAAACAUCAGAAUCACAAGAUAAUGAUAGUGAAAUUCCUCCUGAAGGAGAACCAGUGGGUGAAGCAUACAUAGAGGAUGUCAAGAGUGACCUAGGAAAAGUUAUUGGUUUCAAAUGCACACUAUGUGAUUGUCGAUUUAAUGAUGUUGUUGCUAAGACAGCACAUACUAAAGGACGAAGACAUCGCUUGAGUUAUAAGAAAAAAGUUGAUCCAACAUUGAAAGUUGAUGUCAAAGGCAAUGUUCGAGGAUCUAAUAGUCGUUGGGGUCGUAAUAGCGAUGAGCGACCUCGUGCAACAGGUAGUCAAGAGAUGGUUUGGAAACAGCGACAGCAAGAACAAAUAAGGUGGGAACAGCAGCUUAGACAUCGAGAAGAUGAGUUAAGAAGAUGGGAACAUGAUGAAUAUAUGCGAAGAGCUAAUGAAGACAGGUAUUGGACGCGCCCAGAUCGCAACCGAAUGCAAGAGUUAGAAUUUUAUGAAUGGGACAAUCGAGAAAGACAUGCAGAACCUCGUCCAUUGUUUGGACAUUCAAAUUCUUCUCAAUCACCUGAUGACCAGCUUGUGAUGGUGCGUCAUAAUGAAAUAUAUCCAAGUGAGGCAGAGCUUAAGCAAGUUCAAACAAUUGUAGCCACUGUAGAAAAAGCUUUAAAAAAGAUAUCUGAUGCUGUUGGAGAAGAAGAUCAAAAGGAAAGUGCUGCUAAACCUGUUGCUGAGGUUAAACAAGAAGUAACAGAAACAACUGGUACUGAUCCUAAACCAUUGAUGAAAUCAGAAAGUACUCAAUUUCGUCAAUUGAAAGGUGUCAUGAGAGUUGGUGCUCUUGCAAAAGGAUUAUUACUUCGAAAUCAACUUAAUGUAGAGCUUGUUGUUUUAUGUCUAAAUAAACCUACUGUUACGCUGCUUAAGCGUGUGGGAAGAAUGAUUCCAGACAAACUUAAGGAAGUUUCUCCCGAUGAAAAGUAUAAUAUGGUUAUCAGUGUAGCUGAUUGCGCAGUUAUAGUGACUUCAACAACAGAACCUAUAGCAUCUGUAAAAAUUGUGCUUACAUCUCCAAUGGUAAGAGAGGAAGAAGAAGAAGUUAAGAAGGAAGUUCCAAGCACUGUUAUUGCAGAAAAAAAAGAGUCUGUUCCUGAAGAUCCCAAAGAUGUUUUGGACAGAGAGAAAUGUCUACAAGCUUUAGCCGCUCUUCGGCAUGCUAAAUGGUUUCAGGCGCGUGCAAAUCAAUUGGCUUCGUGCGUUGUUGUCAUUCGUAUACUUAAAGAUGUGUGUUCUCGUGUUCCGGCAUUCAAACCGUUGAGUUCUUGGGCAGUUGAAUUGUUGUGUGAGAAAGCCAUUUCUAGUUACUUUCAACCUGUUGGUCCUGGAGAAGCUCUUAGAAGAGUUCUGGAAGUUAUAGCAUGUGGUAUCUUUUUACCUGGUGGUCCAGGCUUACUUGAUCCUUGCGAAAAAGCUAAAGUAGAUGCUAUACAAAAUAUGGAGCCACAAGAAAGAGAAGAUAUAACAGCUGCUGCUCAGCAUGCACUUCGACUUGUGGCUUUUUGUCAACUUUAUAAAGUUUUGGGAGUUGAACCUUUAAAAUCAAAACGUGGGACGAAAAGAACUGCCUCAGAACCCGAAAAUCAUGUUAUAGAAAACAAGACUCCUAAAAAAGAAUAAUUCUUUUCGUUUUGUUGAAGCAGCAGUCUUUGCAGUACGCGAUGUCGUUUUGUGUGUUUUUCAUAGUAAAAAUGUGCAAAAUUUCUCUUUGUAUAUCAUUUAGAACUAUCAUAUAUAACUCUCGAUGACGAACAAAUGUUAUUAUUUUGCUUUUGUUAUAAUUGUGCACGAAAAUUAUAUACAAAGCUAAUGAAGUCAAAUGUUAUAAACUCUCAUUUUAAUGAAUUUAUAAAGAAAAUUAACGGUUGAAUUAUUUUUUUAGAGAGUUAUCUUAUCCUACGACUCAGACGAAAUUUGUUUUUUGUAAUAUAGUCGAAUAGUGAUGUAGAUUUAUCUGUAAAUUAUAAAACCGGUUUGAACAAUUACCGGUAUUUUUACUAGUUUGUAACAAUCUUUCAUUGCCCUA